GACGCGUCAUAAGCCGCGACGCGCUUGUUAUUUUUCGCGUUGGCUUCACUUGGCUGCUUGGCGCUAAGAGCAAACCUCACUUUACUGCUUCGACAAAAUGUCUCUCCUCGACGAAGAUGCCUCGGACGUGGGACUGCCGGGUCAAUCAAAGUUGGAGAGCUUCCUGUUCAGCUGUGAGCUGUCCUCUAAAGUACCUUUCUACACUUUCCAAGGAGAUGACGAGGAGGACCUGGAGCACUUCCUUGAGCUCAGAACAGUUUGUCUCGGAGAAGGUGCCAAAGAGGAGAGCAACGUGGUGGAGGUUACAGCCAUGAACCACCAAGGAAAGACUAUUUCAGUGCCAGUUGCCAACCUUCACAUCAAGUGUCUGCCCAUGGUGAGUCUGGGAGAGUUUGAGCUGAAAGCCCCGGUGACCAUCCGGCUCAAGGCUGGAACAGGACCAGUUACUGUCAGCGGGCUGCACCUUAUUGCCUCACAGGUUGAAGACUCCGACCUGUCUGAGGAUGACGAAGACGAGGAGGACGAGGAAGAAGAGGAGGAAGAGAUGCCUGCCAUUAAACCAGCAAAAAAAAAGCAGAAGCAGUAGGCGGAGAGGUCACUGAUGGAUUUUUCCAACGGCUUACUCGCUGACGUUCUAAGAAGUAACAAUUUUUUUGUAUCAGACGGACAAAUUUUCCAAAGUUAGGACUUCUUCUUCCACACAGCCUCAUGAAUGCUUCGUGUGGUGGCAGCUAAACAUGCCGCUGGAGGAAUCAUGACGGGCUCUGAUGUUCUCGCAGCUCCACUCCUCAGUCUCUCACUGCGAGUUCUUGGUUACAGCAGUGUACAGAAGUGUGGAUUGGACAUUCGUUUGUAGAAGAACUGUUUUUGCUAUCAAAUGCUGCCCACUGUUUUAUACUGUAUAUAAUACAGCCACCUCUGAAAUGGUUUUAUUGCACCAGUGGAGGGGAAACAUGUCUUCUACCAGCAGUGGAUCCUUAAAAUAGGUUAAAUAUACUGUUCUUCUCAAAGUAAAAACAUUGUAUGUGUACUUGUCAAGGUAGGAAAUUCUGAUUCAAACUAAAUAGUCCAAUGAGAUGAUAUACAUACAGUUUAUUAAAUGCUCCUGGUUCAUUAGAGUUUGUUUUUGCAAAAUGCUGUUUUUCUAUGUGACGUUUCAAUCAUAAAUGUGAAGAUUUUUACUAAGAGUGAAUGCAUCAAGAAAACCUUUUUGAGUUUUCAAUUCGCUUUUCAGCUCAUAUAAAUAAAGCAGUAAUUUUCAGCAGAGUA